AUGCCACCACGACCACCAUCAUCUCGACCUUCGGCCUCGGCUCACUCUCACGGCCGUGUAGUGAGAGGCGAUAGCGAAAUCAGCAGCCUCGACCUCAACCUUUCAUCUGAAGCAUCGCAGGCAGUCCCUUCCCAUUCUCGCGCCCUAUCAUCUCGCCCUCGAACUCGCCGUGGAUAUGAAGGAAACUCUCGACCUCGAAGUCGUCCAUCGUCGGGUUUGCAUAUCGAUCUACCCCCUCAUCCACAGCCACUCCGUGCCGAAGACCUUCAAUCCGAAGCUGUUACUUCCGGAAGCACGACGUAUCAAAAUGGGCACUCACAUCUGUUGGCGAUUCGGGACCGUCGCCAUAAUGAAAUGAUUCAAACUGCCGUUGCAAUUGCAAUUCUAGACCCAUUGAGAAACACCACGUCUGCCGAGAUUCGUCAAGCUGUUUACGGGUCUCCGGAAACCUAUGGGGACGGGGCUACCAGCCAACAUCAGCAUCAGCAUCAGCAACCAAGAAGCGAACCCUCCUCCUACCGGGGUAACGGUAGCGAGCAACCACGUUCUCAGCGAAGUAGCAGCGAGCAAUCCAGCACCCGAUCAAGGCCCCUUCUCGCCGGCGAUAUCUACGGCGUCGGAUACGGCUACGGCUUCGAAGGACACACCGGGGCUAGAAACAACAGCGAAUCCACCACCUCCUCCUUCUCCUCUCACCGGGCCGAACCAUCGACGACUUUCUUCGAAGACACACUUUUCGAACUACGUUCCUCGAGUCCGAUCUACAUACGCGAAUCUUCAACUCUGGCUACCCGUCCCGAUAUUCAUAAUUCCAUGGCGCCUUUUCAGGGUGUGGAUCCGGAUUUUGCGCAGUAUCAGGCGGCGGAAUUGGGUAGGCAUGUUGAGCAGACGCCGGGGCAGACAGAGUCGAGUCCGAGUUUGUCGGAGCUUAGUUCGGUUAUUUCUUUUGAUUCUAGGGAUUAUGAGACGUAG